CGUGAAUCGCAUUUAAUAUUUGAGGUGUUUUUUCAUUUUUUUUUCUUCAAAUAAUUUAUUUGAAUCAUUGAAAUAAAUCUUGUAUUUAGUAGCGCUUCAAUGCUAAUUUUGAUUUAAUUAAAUUUAUUGCCAAUUUUGAUAAAUCAGCAAAUUAAUAAUAGACUAAACUUGUUGUGACAAAAGAUUAAAGUGAAUAAUUCAAGAUUACCUGUUCUGGAAGUAUAAACGUUAACAGCAUCGUGGACAAAGAAAUCGCUGUUUGCAGCGAUGGUAGACUAUGAUGCAAGCAAUUCAAAGGCCAGUAAAACAAAAACGCAGUAUAUAGCGGCACUUGCUGCAACAACUGGUGCAUUUGCAGCUGGUACAACCUUGGGAUGGUCAUCACCGGUGAAAAGUUUAUUGGUGAAUACAUCCACCGAUUUCCAGCCCGAGUAUGAUUUUGAAAUAACAUCGCAAGAUUUUGCGUGGAUUGGAUCACUCGUAACGCUUGGUGCAGCAGUAGUAUGCCUAUUCAUAGGUACGAUUCUUCAAGCAGUUGGCCGCAAGCUGACAAUGUUGUUGCUUGUAAUUCCCUUCACCGUUGGCUGGAUCCUGGUUACAUUUGCAUCGAAUUUGGCGAUGCUUGAUGUGGGUCGCUUCCUGCUCGGUAUUUCGGGUGGUGCGUUUUGUAUCAGUGCACCAACAUAUACCAGUGAAAUAUCCGAAGCGAGCAUUCGUGGAACGCUUGGAACCUAUUUUCAAUUGAUGAUGGUAGUUGGUGUUCUCUUUCCAUACAUCAUUGGCUCUCAAACUACCGCAUUUACAUUGAAUUUGAUGUGUGGUUCGCUGCCCAUUAUUUUCGGUAUUAUUUUUGUUUUUAUACCCGAAUCGCCAGCGUAUUUGGUUUCAAAGGCUAAAACAUCAGCUGCCAUAUCUUCAUUGAAAUGGCUACGUGGUGAUGCGUAUGACUAUACCCGUGAAUUAGAUGAGUUGCAAGCACAAAAUGAAUCCGAAAAAAGGAACAAGGUAUCUUUUGUAGCAGCUUUGUCACGUCGUUCCACACUGAAAGCAAUUUUCAUCAGUUGGGGCCUAAUGUUCUUCCAACAAGCGAGCGGUAUUAAUGCGAUCAUUUUUUAUACAACCGAAAUUUUUGCUUCGACCGGUUCGAGCAUCGACGCUAGUUUGUCAACCAUCAUUUUUGGUGUGAUGCAAGUGAUCACAGUAUUUAUAUCGUCGAUGAUUGUCGAUAAAUUGGGACGUCGAUUGCUGUUGUUGCCAUCAACAAUUGUACUGACACUUUCCACAUUUACGCUGGGCAUUUAUUUCUAUAUGAGAGAUCAGAAUGUUGAUAGUGUCGCUGAUAUUGGAUGGCUACCUAUUGUUGCAGUGUGCUCCUAUAUUAUUCUCUUCUCUAUUGGCAUUGGUCCAAUUCCUUGGAUAAUGAUGGGUGAAUUAUUUGCAAAUGAUAUCAAAGGAGUUGCUGGUUCAUUGGCUGGUGCCGUCAAUUGGAUGGUCGCCUUUAUAGUGACAUCAACAUUCAGCGCGAUGAGCGAUCAAUUCGGAAUCGGACAAACGUUUUGGAUCUUCUCCGGAUUCUCUUUUAUGAGCAUAUUGUUCGUAUACUUCUUUGUGCCGGAGACGAAAGGAAAAACGUUGACUGAAAUUCAAAGAAUGCUUGAAGGUGAAAAAGUCAACGAAAUCACCGUUCAAACAAAAUUCUAAUGAUUUAAGUUGGAAUUUUUUUCUUAUCUAAUUGUUUUCAUAUUCGUUCAUAUAUCGUUCAUAGUUGUUAUUUGAAGCGAGAGCAAUAAAUCUUUUUUUAUUUAGGUCUAUUUGCCAUAUGUGAUUGUAAACAGUAGAAAAAUGUAUUUUGUAUUUUAAUUUUAUGAGCUGUGAAAUAAAAAAAUAAAA